UUGACGAUUUUGAUAAAUAUGCCAUCAGAGAAAAUCCAUCAGUUUGGUUUAAUCGUGAACUGCCGACGUUAGAUAAAAUUUUGACGGUAGUUAAUGAAGAUAAAAGUCUACCAAAUUUCUCCCGCACAUCAUUAUAUCGAUUAAUGAAAUCAAUGGAAUUCGAAUAUGCUAAACGAGGUCGUAACAGCGCAGAAGAAGGUCGUCAAAUUUAUUUUCUCGACGAAACUUGGGUAAAUGCUGGAGAUGUUACGAGCAGAAUAUGGAGUGACAAUACUGUACAAUCUAGCCAAGACGCUUUUUCCCAGGGACUAUCAACAGGUGCAGUCAAUCCCACAGGUAAAGGGAAGCGACUCAUAGUAGUUCACAUAGGGUCCGAAGACGGAUUUGUUCCAGGUGGGCUUCUAUGUUUCGAAUCCAAAAAAAACACCCAAGACUAUCACGACGAGAUGAAUGGGGAUUCUUUUCGUGAUUGGUUGGAAGGUGUUUUGCCGAGACUCAAGGAAAAUUGUGUGAUUGUGAUGGACAACGCUCCUUAUCACUCAAUGAAAAAAGAGAAAUAUCCAACUACACAAUGGCGAAAGGCAGACAUCAUCAAUUGGCUCACAAGUAAAGGGGAGGUAAUCGAUAACUCGAUGAUAAUUCCGGAGUUAUUAGAAGUGGUAAAACGAUUGAAACCUUUGUAUUCAACCUAUGUGAUUGACGAAAUGGUUAAGGAGCAAAACAAAGUAGUCUUACGUUUACCUCCCUUCCACUGUGAGUUAAAUCCUAUAGAAUUAGCUUGGUCUGUCGUCAAAGAUCACGUAAAAGCCAACAACAAAACUUAUAAGCUAGCCGACGUACAUAAUCUUCUAAUCGAAGGUACUGUAAAAGUUACUGUUGAGAUGUGGAAAAACUUUAUCAGCCACACCACGAAAGCAGAAGACAAGUUUUGGGACAUGGAUAAUUUGAUUGAUGAACUGAUGGCAGAACAACAUAGAGUUGUACCAUUGAUUAUAGAAUAG